AUAUCCAAUUUGUCAUUUUGGGCGAUUGAAUGUUCAGUCUCUUAUCAAUUCAUCACCUUAUCUCAACCUAUUUAAAAGCCAACUUUUAUCGUUCUGUUCUGUAGAUGAGAUAUUUUUGUGAUCAGAAUGAUUAAAUUCCUAGUGACUUUCGUCUUAUUUACACUUUUUGUGAAUAUAUGCACAGCAGCCAAUUUGGUGUGCUUUUUCACAUCUUGGACAGUUUAUAGACCAGGCAAUGGAAAAUACAACGUUUCGAAUCUUCCAGCGGACCUCUGCACCCACGUCAAUUAUGGGUUUGUCGGUCUUCAAGAAUAUGAUGGCAGCCUAUCUAUUUUAGAUGACUGGGAGGCAAAUGGUUUAUAUGAGUUAGAGCAUUUGAAGCAGAAAAGAAAACAAAACCCUAAAUUGAAAUUAGUGGUCAGUAUGGGUGGAUGGAAUGAAGGUUCUGAAAAAUAUUCUCAUGUGGCAGCUGACCCCAAGCUCCGUAAAAACAUGAUCAAUAGUGUGCUUUCCUUCCUUGACAAAUAUGAAUUUGAUGGGUUUGAUCUUGACUGGGAAUAUCCGGAUCAACGAGGUGGAAAAUCAGAAGAUGUACAGAACUUCGUCACAUUAUUGAAGGAAUUCAAGGAGGCAUUCGCUCCGAAAAACUACAUCCUUUCUAUAGACGUUAGUGGAGGCGUAGUAUCUGCAAAUACAUCAUAUUAUAUCCAAGAAGUUGGAGAGGCAGUGGACAUGAUAAACGUUAUGGCUUAUGAUUAUCAUGGUGCUUUCGAGGAUUAUGUUGGCCAUUAUGCACCUCUAUAUGCUUCACAUCUCGAUUAUGACGAACUGCAACAAACUCUGAACGUGAAAAGUGGAAUCGAAUUCUGGCUAGACCAAGGAGCACCGGCCAGCAAACUCAAUCUUGGCAUCGGAACAUAUGGAAGAGGUUUUACCUUGGCUGAUUCAAAAAACACAAGUCUUUAUGCACCUAUGACAGGUCCUUGCACUGCAGGUCCUUAUACAAGAGAGGAAGGAACAAUCGGAUAUAACGAAAUUUGUGAACUGUACUCUGAUUACACAUACUACUGGGAUGACGAGCAAAAGGUGCCUCACAUAGUGAAAGGCAAUCAGUGGAUAGGAUAUGAUGAUGCUACGUCAGUGAAAGAUAAAGUUGAAUUCGCUAAAAGCAAAGGACUUGGUGGUUUAAUGGUUUGGUCUCUAGACACUGAUGAUUUUAUGGGAAUUUGCGGUAACGGAAAAUAUCCAUUGAUAAAAACAAUGAAGAAAACAUUGAACGAAAAUUAUAUUUCAUGAUUUUCUAAUAAAAUUUGAUCUUACUUCAAGAA